AAUCAGCAUGUCUGCAGACCCUGCUAGGGUCGGUGAGGUCGGUGGAUUCCACCGAUCCCCUAAGCCUCCCAGCUCUCGCCUUCUCCCGUUUCUCCUUCCUCACUCACGGCGAGGUUAAGUUUGAGGACGGAUUUUUUGUUGGUUAUACCCUUAGAGGAAAUUCCUUAGAUUUAACAACCAAAAGUGGGACGGGAACAAUUUGCGACCACGGCCACUUUCCCCUGCUUCUUUCUGAGUCUCUUACUCCUAACACAGGGACGCACCAGGCGGCGAGAUGUCCUGGUGUGGCCUUCUCCGUAGCCUCAACACGUCCUUAAGUCGUGGCCUGGCCCUGGUUCCCCAGCUCUGCGCCACUCGCUCCAUGGCUACCCUGAACCAGAUGCACCGUCUGGGGCCCCCCAAGCGGCCACUUCCGCGGCCCGGCCCCACCGAAGGGCGGCCGCAGCUGAAGGGCGUGGUUCUGCGCACGUUCACCCGCAAGCCCAAGAAGCCCAACUCGGCCAACCGCAAGUGCUGCCGCGUGCGCCUCAGCACGGGCUGCGAGGCCGUGUGCUUCAUCCCCGGCGAGGGCCACACGCUGCAGGAGCACCACGUGGUCCUGGUGCAGGGCGGCCGCACCCAGGACCUGCCUGGCGUCAAGCUCAAGGUUGUGCGCGGCAAGUACGACUGCGGCCACGUGCAGAAGAAGAAGUGACCGUGGGCGCGGUGGGCCGGGU